AGACCCAUUUUCAAAUUGCCAGUAUGAAUGAAACAGUGCAUCAGCUAGAAAGGAUGCAAGAGCUUUGGACAACAGGAUACUUGAUGGGCUUUAAGGGCUCAGCAAUCUAUGGCCUGUAGGCCAGAUCCAGCCCAUGGAGCCACUGGAUUCAGAAACGCUUAGUGGCAGGGGACUUGAACUGCAAUUGCUCUUCCCAUGGUAUUGUGGGAGGAAGCACAAGCUGCAGGCACUCUUGCUGUGUUGCCAUGGGAGAAGCACUGGCUGUGGCUGCUUUCCUCGUGCCAUUUCAGGGAGAAGCACUGCCUGCUGGUGGGUCCUUGCAUGCACCUACCCAGUCGUCUCUGACCUGAGGCUUUCUUCUGACAAAGGCUGUUGUACAUCUUCAUUUUACUCUUCUGUGAAUGGAAGAGUCAUUUUAGAGAUGCAAAGGUCCUUGGAUCAUUUAGUUGGUCUAAUAAAAAUUAUCAAAUCUACCCUAUGUUCUUAGACCAACACAGCUACAACCAACAACCCUAAGGGCCUUGGAUCAGAACUGGUGAGACACUGUGAUGACAUGGGCAGAAGAAACCUUCCAUUCAGUGUUAAAUGAUCUUAACAUAAUCAUCAAAUACCAGCGAUGAGUUCCUGAAAGAAAAGCGUGCUCAAAUCAUGUCUCGAGGACUUCCAAAACAAAAGCCAAUAGAAGGAGUUAAGCAGGUCCUGGUUUUGGCUUCUGGUAAAGGUGGAGUUGGAAAGUCAACAACAGCAGUAAACAUAGCCCUUGCAUUAGCAGCAAAUGACUCGACAAAAUCAGUUGGUUUGCUUGAUGCAGAUGUAUAUGGCCCUUCAAUUCCAAGGAUGAUGCAUUUGAAAGGAAAUCCAGAAUUAACCUCACAAAACUUAAUGAGGCCUCUUAAGAAUUAUGGAAUUGAAUGCAUGUCUAUGGGUUUCUUGGUAGAAGAAACUGCACCAGUUGUUUGGAGGGGACUCAUGGUCAUGUCUGCAAUAGAGAAACUGUUGAGGCAGGUAGAGUGGGGUCAACUGGAUUAUCUAGUAAUUGACAUGCCACCUGGAACAGGAGAUGUACAGUUAUCAGUCUCACAGAAUAUUCCAAUUGCAGGAGCUGUAAUUGUUUCCACUCCACAAGACAUUGCUUUAUUGGAUGCACGCAAAGGAGCUGAGAUGUUUCGAAAAGUCCAUGUGCCUGUUUUGGGACUUGUCCAAAAUAUGAGUGUUUUCCAGUGUCCAAAAUGUAAGCACGAGACCCAUAUUUUUGGCACAGAUGGUGUAAGAGACCUAGCAAAAACGCUUGGACUCGAUGUUUUAGGGGACAUUCCAUUGGAUGUUAAUAUAAGAAAGACGUGUGAUACAGGCCAGCCAAUUGUGGUUUCGCAACCUCAGAGUGAUAUGGCCAAAGCCUAUCUGCGGAUAGCUAUGGAAAUAAUAAGAAGAUUACCAACACCUCCAGGAUGAACUGUUCAUCUCAGGGAUAUAUGAUUAAACCUUUUAAUAAAGUGAUCUUUCAGUGUAAGCAGUGAUAGAACAAGUGGCAGAAAUAUGUAAUUAUACAUAUUAUGUUGCAUUUGUAAAAAUACAAUUCUGUUUCCCUUGGAUUAACAAAAUCCCUCCUUUGGAUGUCCUCCAUUUUAAUAUGGAACACCAGCCUGUGGAAACUCCAUUCCCGGAACACAACACCUCUUUAUCCAAGCACAGAAACCUGUAACUGUGGGAAUGACAUGUUGAAGUUAGUAGUCUCAUCUGUAUAUCUUUCAUAAUCAAUUUGCCUUAGUUUAUUUAUAUUUUUGUUCAGCCUCCCUUCAUUUAAUUACUAACAUGGCCUUACAUUAUGUAAAUUUGGAUGUUUCUAUAAACCAUCAAAAAUGAAUGAGCAGUCCUAAAACUAUAUAACUGCAAUAUGAUUGUGUACAUGUACACUUCAGCAUCUGAAGGAUAUCCUUUAUUGUAAUGAUUUUUCAUAGUGGAUCAUGGGCUAAUUCCUUCCUUACUGGAUAAUGUUGGAUCAUGACAUAAUUCCUGAUUUACAGGAUAAUGAACUACAUGACACUGAGACAUAUUUCUUGACUGUUUUGUGUUAUAUUAAAUCCAGAUAGAAAAGUAGAUAACAGCCAGGUCUUCACUGAAACUCAGAUGUUGUAUCUGAGCUUGAUUUACCAAAGGAAAUAAAUGAUCAAUAUAUAUUAUUUUGAUGACUUCAUACAUGAACAUAUUCCUGUUACAAAGUAACAAUUCAGAAUAUAAAUGUAUAAACUAAAGAUGUAACUAGAAGAAAACAAAUAUUUCAUUUUCUGACUGCAAGGCCUAGUACUUUCAUUUUUUUACUGCCUUGUUAGCUUCAAUCCUUAUUUUUGUAUUGAUACAGGUGAUGCCUGUGGAUGUACAAGAAAAUAGUUCCAUAACAUGGGUUUCCAUUUCCAAUUAGAAGUUUGAAUUUAUUUUCACUGUUUUGUACCAUUUAAACAUAUGUAUCUUUAGGCCUAUUGAAGUCUUGCGGGGCUUCUGCCAUUGACUUUAACAGGCUCAGGAUUUCACCCUUAAUUUAUACUAUUUUCAUGUUAUCUUUCCCAUCUUGAAAUGUUAUGAUAUGGAAGAGAAUGUGGCAUGCUUUCUCACUUGGAUCAUUUGAAACAUAUGCACCUAACAGAAUAUCUAAAAUUUAGGCACGAAUUAUGAAAUCUCAGACUUCAGUUGUUUUGCAAAUGCAUUAACAGUGUAAUCUAAGAGAAUUUUGUUACUCUACCUUUAUCUGUUUACUUGAAGAAAACUGCAGAGAAAUAAAAUUUCACUUUAGUUGUUUCUGUAGCAUGUG